AACAGCAUAUUCAGAAAUAUUUGGAAAUAAAUUUUAAAAUUUUUGGACCCAAAUUUCUUGCCAUAUCAAGCACGCUUCCCCAAAAGAACCAAAACAACCUUCCCCAUGACCUCAUAAUAACGAUCAUAUCAUGUGAACAAAUGGGAACACGUUUCCAAAACAACAACAACAACAACAACUAAAACCACAUAUCUCCAAAAAAGUUAGUUUCAUUUCAUCCCAUAAAAGCACCCCCACCCUACAUCCCACUUUUCAAUUCACAAAUGGAGUCCUUCAAACCUGUUGCAUUGCUGCUACUGUGUCUCUUAUCCGUCACCACCACCGUUACGGGCUGGGGUGUCGAUGGUCAUUUCGCAACCUGCAAAAUAGCUCAGGGAAGGUUAAGCCAAGCAGCAGCAGAUGCAGUCAAUCAUCUGUUACCUGAGUAUGCAGAGGGCGAUCUGGCUACUCUUUGUUCGUGGGCAGAUCACGUCAAGUUCAGAUAUCAUUGGUCGUCACCGCUUCAUUACAUUGAUACCCCUGAUAACCUCUGCACUUACCAAUACAACAGGGACUGCAAGGAUGAAGAUGGAGUCAUGGGAAGAUGUGUGGCUGGAGCAAUUAACAACUACACAACACAACUGCUAGAUUAUGGCAAACAAACAUCUCAAUAUAAUCUCACAGAAGCACUGCUCUUCCUUUCUCAUUUCAUAGGAGACAUUCAUCAGCCACUGCAUGUAGGAUUCACUACAGACAGGGGCGGGAACACAAUCGACGUUCAUUGGUUCACACGAAAAGCAGUACUUCAUCAUGUUUGGGAUGACAGCAUAAUUGAGACUGCAGAAGAAAGGUUCUACAAUUCUGAUGUUGAGACUCUUAUUGACGCUAUUCAGAUCAACAUAACGAACGAAUGGGCAGAUCAAGUUCAAAUAUGGGAGAGAUGCAGCAGAAGUCAGACUACUUGCCCAAAUAUGUACAUGAAGCCAUUCCUUGAAUUAUACAUAAAUGAUAAAAUGAGAACAAUGAAAUGCACAUUUUUAACAUGGAAUAUUUUGAACAGAUAUGCAACUGAAGGAAUAAAAGCAGCAUGCAAUUGGGCAUACAAAGGAGUUGGGAAUGAUUCAGUUCUUGGGGAUGAGUACUUCCUGUCUCGUUUGCCUAUUGUAAAUUGGCGAUUAGCUCAAGGUGGUGUUAGAUUGGCAGCAACCCUUAACCGAAUAUUUGGAUGAAAUCAUAAUUAUCUUGUACUGUUAACAUUUGAUAAAGAAAGAAGAACCCAAAGAUGGUCAGAUGUAUUACCGUCAUUUUGAUUUAAACAUGAACUGCAUUACUUUCA